GUAAAAUUUAUGAAUUUUAGUCUCUUAACCUAACAAAAUGUAUGUCUCUUACUGUCAUAAACUUCCAAUUGAAUGAGCAGGGAGCUGUGCUCAUUAUGUUCACUGAGAGACUGAGUGGUUGAUGGGUUUUCCUUUUUAGCAUAUCUUUUAAUAAUCACUUAUCUGUGGAAAAAGAACAUGGAAGGUCGCAUGUAAAUGCUCCAAAAUGGAAAUUACUUAUGUCACUUCCUCUCACAAUUCCUUAGCCAGAACUGUUUAAAGCACUGUACCCAAUCACAGGAUAGGGAGACAAAAGUAUUGGCUUUGUAGUGCCUAGACAGAGAGAUAGCACUAAUGACUACCAUACUCAAUCAGUCAGCCACCCACCCACCUACUCAUGCUGAUCCAGUACCUUUUAUAUGUCAGGCACUGGGCUAAGUCCUGGCCACGAAGAGAUGACUAUAUCCUGAUGGAGCUCAAAUUGUACUUGUUGAUCAUUCCAAUUGCAUAUACUCAAACUUGUAUCUAAACAACAUGGAAAAGCUCUGAAAAUUGUGUAAUGUCUUGGCAUUCAUCUGACUCCAACUCAUGGAUUGCUUCAAGAAACAGCCCUGAAGUUGAUCAUUUUGGAUUUAAUACUGUGAAAACCUUUAAUCAGCGGUAUCUAGUAGCUGAUAAAUAUUGGAAGAAAAAUGGUGGAUCGAUACUUUUUUACACUGGUAAUGAAGGGGACAUUAUCUGGUUUUGUAAUAACACGGGUUUCAUGUGGGAUGUGGCUGAGGAACUGAAAGCUAUGUUGGUGUUUGCUGAACAUCGAUACUAUGGAGAGUCUCUCCCAUUUGGUGACAGCUCAUUCAAGGAUUCCAGACACUUGAAUUUUCUGACAUCAGAACAAGCUUUGGCUGAUUUUGCAGAGUUAAUCAAACACUUGAAAAGAACAAUCCCAGGAGCUGAAAAUCAACCUGUCAUUGCCAUAGGAGGCUCCUAUGGUGGCAUGCUUGCAGCCUGGUUUAGGAUGAAAUAUCCUCAUAUGGUAGUUGGAGCUCUUGCAGCAUCUGCCCCUAUCUGGCAGUUUGAGGAUUUAGUACCUUGUGGUGUAUUUAUGAAGAUUGUAACUACAGAUUUUAGGAAAAGUGGUCCACAUUGUUCAGAGAGCAUCCACAGGUCCUGGGAUGCCAUUAAUCGAUUAUCAAGUACUGGCAGUGGUUUGCAGUGGCUUUCUGAAGCCCUUCACUUAUGCAGCCCAUUAACUUCUGAGGACAUCCAACAUUUGAAAGACUGGAUCUCUGAAACCUGGGUGAAUCUGGCAAUGGUGGACUAUCCUUAUGCAUCUAACUUUUUACAGCCUUUGCCUGCUUGGCCCAUCAAGGUAGUGUGCCAAUAUUUGAAAAAUCCCAAUGUAUCUGAUUUACUGCUGCUGCAGAAUAUUUUCCAAGCUCUUAAUGUGUAUUACAAUUAUUCAGGCCAGGCGAAAUGCCUGAAUAUUUCAGAGACAGCAACUGGCAGUCUGGGAACCCUGGGUUGGAGCUAUCAGGCCUGCACAGAAGUGGUCAUGCCCUUUUGUACUAAUGGUGUUGAUGACAUGUUUGAACCUCACUCAUGGAAUUUAAAGGAACUUUCUGAUUACUGUUUUCAACAGUGGGGUGUGAGACCAAGACCCUCCUGGAUCACUACUAUGUAUGGAGGCAAAAACAUUAGUUCACACACGAACAUUGUUUUCAGCAAUAUUCACAAUAUCAAAGACUUGGAACCAACCCAAAUGCCCAUCAAUGAUAGACUGGAUAAAGAAAAUGUGGCACGUAUAUACCAUGGAAUACUGUGCAGCCAUGAUAAGGAUGAGUUCAUGUCCUUUUCAGGGACAUGGAUGAAGCUGGAAAUCAUCAUCCUCAGCAAACUAACACAGGAACAGAAAAUCAAACACCACACGUUCUCACUUCAAUGGUGAACUAGACCCCUGGUCAGGAGGUGGAGUAACUAAGGAUAUCACAGAUACUCUGGUUGCAGUCACCAUCUCAGAGGGGGCCCACCACUUAGAUCUCCGUGCCAAAAAUGCCUUAGAUCCCACGUCUGUGCUAUUAGCCCGCGUCUUGGAAGUUAGACAUAUGAAGAAUUGGAUCAGAGAUUUCUAUGACAGUGCCGGAAAACAGCGCUGAGAAACUUGAUUUUUUUCAGUUUCUUCUUUUAUGUUCACACCACUACAUUCCCAUUUACUUUGAUUUUCUACAUGCAAUUACUUUAUCUUGUUUAUCAUUAGAUUUGAUGGUGCCAAGGUUGAGAUAGAAUAGAGGGUGAUGAUGGUAAGAGCAGCUGUCCCAUGAGUGUGAUUUCCUGGGUUCUCACUGUCUUUGCACCACAUCUAGGAAGAAUCUUCUUGAUAGCUCUCCCAUACCAUCAGUGGCCCUCACAACUGGAGCAGAGUUCCUGACUGCCUUUCAUAAGCGGGAGAGUUAAUUCCUUUGUAUCUGCAUGCAGAGAUUUCUCCUUGGUUUUGUGGUUGAAGUCUCUUUGGCUCAUUUGUAAGUCCCCAUCCCUACCCUACAAAAAGUAAAAGCAGAAGAUAGAUAAAAAAUGAUGUAAUUGCAGCUGGUAGGAUGUCUGGUGCCAAUCCAGGAAAUGAGAGCCAUUUCUUUUAUACUGGAUUUAAUGACUUUGAACUGUGCUGUAAGUAAAAAAUACAGCUGGACCUUA